UUUACGGUUCAGUUAUAUUCCUUGGUAGGAUACAACCAACUCUUUCUAACUGCAUAAACGACUUAUUUUCUCAAAGGAGAAAGGGUUAUCCCCAAAACAAAACUUAAUCAUUCAUUUCUUCUUCAUUUUCAUUCAUAACCUUUCUCUUGAACCCCUUUUGAUUCUGCCGUAUACUUUCUUCGUUCUAACAUAUUUUGUACUUUUUCCCCCUUUUCCUCCUCGUUAUAGUUAGUCUCAAUACACUUCUCCGUCUUCCCUUUUAAUACUCAUCAGUUUUAUACUCUAUGGUUAAGUGCAAAUUUGCUUACUGGCCAAGUUACCAAUCUGUUUUAGAACCAUAUAACGAAUUCACAAAACCCAUUAAGUUAAUUAGAAAAAUUGAAGAAUGAAUUAUAUAUAUCCAGUGAAAGAAGAAUGCUUGGAAUCAGCACUAACACCAUCAUCAUCAUAUCAGUUGGAAUCAGCACUACCACCAUCAUCAUCAUAUCAGUUGGAAUCAGCACUACCACCAUCAUCAUCAUAUCAGUUAGGUAAUGAGUAUCCACCAAAGCCAAUCGAGGGACUUCAUUACGCUGGACCACCACCAUUCCUCACAAAAACUUUUGAUGUUGUUGAUGACCCAGUUACCAACCACGUAAUUUCUUGGAGCAGAGACGGCACAAGCUUUGUGGUCUGGGAUCCACAUACCUUCUCUGCAAGUCUCCUUCCCAGAUACUUCAAGCACAGCAAUUUCUCAAGCUUUGUCAGGCAACUAAACACUUACGGUUUUAGGAAAAUUGAUCCAGAUAGAUGGCAGUUUGCAAACGAAGGAUUCAUCAGAGGGCAUAAGCAUUUGUUGAAAAGCAUAAGGAGAAGGAGGGCACCUUCCCAACUAACACAAAGUCACAGUGUUGAAGUUGGACGUUUUGAGUUAGACAAAGAGGUUGAUCGUUUGAAGCACGAGAAGAUAGUGUUGAUGAUGGAGCUUAUGAAUCUAAGACAGCAGCAGCAGAAAGCCAGAAUGUGCAUUAAGGAGAUGGAGCAAAGGUUACAAGUGACUGAAAUCAAGCAGAAACAUAUGAUGGCUUUCUUAGCUAGAGCCAUAAAAAAUCCUGCCUUCAUACACCAACUCCUAAAGAAAGAGAAGAGAAAGGAUCUUGAAGAAGCCUUGACUAAAAAGAGAAGACAAAUUAAGCAAGGAGUUAGAGGUAUUGGAGAAUCAAGUAGUAGGGGUGAAGGAAGGAGCAGUGUUAAAGUUGAGGCCUUGGAAUUUGGGGAGUACGAUUGUGAUUUUGGAGUGUCAGAGUUGGAAAAGUUAGCUAUGGAAAUGCAGGGAUGUGGAAAGGGUAGGAUAGACCGGGAGGUAGAACCUGAGGCACUAGAAUCACAAGAGAGACUGGAUAGAGUACUUGAUGAAGAGUUUUGGGAAGAACUGAUGUUCAGUGAGAAAUUUGAUGGUCGAUUUGACAUUCCAACUACUGAAGAUAACGAUGAAGAUGUUGUCAACAUAUUGGCCAAUGAACUUGGUUGCUUGGAUUCAAGUCAUUAAAUGAACCACUGAAUCAUUUAACCUUUUCAUUUUGUUCACUAUAGGUUCAAGACUUCAACUAAGUCUAGUAUAAAGGAAGCGCAUAUGAUGGAGCCUAAUUGGCAAGACAGUAAAUUACAAGAAGGGAAAUAGAUCUUUCGUGUUUCUAUUCUAACUUCAUUACAUGUCCUUUUGUAGCACUUGGUAAAACCCCAUAUUCUCACUUUUCUCAUUGUCAUUGUUUGAUGAGGUAGGUUGCUGAUGGCGCUUGGACAAGAGUCUUUGGUAGUGAUAGCAGUCACUACAUAUACCCAAUUAAGAUUCAUCAGAAAAUGUAGAAUGGACAAGAAACAGCUGUUCUCCAACAAUAGUAACUGAAGAUCACGAAGCAGAGGUUAAGGUUGUCACUUUGAUUUGGUUCUCCCUCCUAAAAUUUUUGUGUAUAUCCUUAGAGGAAGAACACGUAAUGGAUGAUGUCACUCAUGUACUAUCUACUUGGGUUUCAACAUCAUCACAUGUUCAUGAUUUGCUGUCUUCAAGAUGGGUAGUGUCAAACAUGUUCAA